AUGUCCGACUACAGUGAUUACGCACGUUUAUUGCAUCAGAUGCAGAGUUUUCGUGCAUCUGAUGAAGCCCGCGAGCAAUUCGUUAGCGAAAUCUUAUCAAAGUACCAGGCCCUGGCAGAAGAACAUGCCAACUUGAAGAAUGAUUAUUUGAGUGAAAGAGAUAUCAGGAGAAAUUAUCAGAGGACUGUUGAUGAGAAACAGGCCUUGGUGGGGGAACAUGAACGCCAGCUCCAAGCCAGUUCCUUCGUUUUGGCACUUAUUGAUGGUGAUGGGGCUAUCUUUGAAGACGCCUUACUCCAAGCCGCUGGUGGCGAUGGAGGCUCCGAGGCCGCAUCCCGUUUGUAUCAUGCGAUUCGGGGCCAUGUUGCGUCCCUGUACAACAACUCGGGCAACUGGCCUAUUAUGGUUCAGAUUUAUCUAAGCCUUGAUAAGCUGGCGAUCAAGUUGGCCUCGGUCGGCCUGCUUCGCUCUCCGCAGGAAUUUCGAGCUUUUGCGCAAAGCUUUAGCGUGAAUCAGCCAUUGUUUAGUAUUAUCGACGUUGGUCAAGGCAAAGAGAGAGCCGACCACAAGAUUAAGGAAAUGCUUCGUACAUUUAGCGAUAACCCUACCUGUCGACACAUCAUCUUCGGUGGCUGUCAUGAUGCAGGCUACCUUCUAAACCUCGAGCACUUCAAACAUGACAUGCUUAAAGCAAGUCAGAUCACUCUUCUGGAAACUACCCCAGCGUACAGAGGAUUCACCGACCUGAACAAUUUCAAGCGCGCUCGCUUCCAUGACGUUUUCAAGAACGAGCCUUUGCCCGAUUAUGCACCUCCCAUCAAUGGAUUUGGUCAGCUGGCGGUACAAUCUCCUGUACAACUUGCAGUACAGCCGCCCAUUCGUUCGAAUACGAACAACGUCAGCACUUCUCCUACUAUUAUUUCGAGGUCGGCGACGUCGCCUUCGCCCAGUGUAACUCCACUAUCAUCCACCACGCCGGGCGAGUCUAACAAAGACUCUUCAUGGGCUACCGUAGGCAAGACGGGUGCUCCCGCGAAUGGUAGCAUUUCGAUUGCCCCGAAUACUACUGCGACCACUAAGAAAAGUAAAAAGAAAUACGCUUAUUACAACAAGGCUGAGCAACGUCUCGAUGAGCCUCUCCCAUCAAAGGAUCCCGCUGCAGCAGCUUCGCUCGAAAUGCGCAUGAAGAAAGUGGGCAAGAAGGUGUGCAAUCAUUGGCAUCUCGGCGGCCAUUGCGAGAACGGUGCCUUUUGUAACUUCCAGCACGAACCAAAACUUACCGCAGGUGAGCUCAAUGCUCUACGUUACAAGACCCGCAGUUUGGCUUGUAAGAACAGAUACUGUGAGAAUAUCGAUUGCUACCUUGGCCACCAAUGUGCUCUUGAACGUGACCAGGGCUUUUGUCCGUAUCCCGAAAACUGCCACCUACGUAGCACCCACGGUAUGGAUAGGGUCAAAUACGUCAGGUACGACAAAGAUGGCAAUGCGGACUAUGCCCCCUAG